AUGACACGCCAUCAGGGUCUCUCCUUAAAUACACUGUACCGGCAGUCCUCCAAGCUGGCCAAUUCCCUCCUGCGUCCUCCUGUACGACUACGCCGGCUGGCCAUGAUGGACUACAAGGGCGGUAGCCAGAAGGCAGAGCACCUAUGCGUGCUUGUACAUGGUCUCUGGGGAAAUCCCGAACACAUGAGAAAUAUCGCCAGAUCUCUCCGCGCCAAGCACGACCCGGACAGCCUGUACCUCCUCCUGACGAAGCGGAAUAGCGGCAGUUUCACCUACGAUGGCAUCGAGCGGGGCGGCGAGCGGGUUUGCGCCGAGAUCGAGGAGGAGAUGAAGGCCAUCGAGAGCAACGGCGGCAAGAUCACGAAGCUGAGUGUGGUGGGGUACUCGUUGGGAGGCCUUGUGUCACGGUACGCAGUCGGCCUGCUCUACGCCAAGGGGAUACUCGACAAGGUGGAAUGCAUGAACUUCACCACAUUUGCAUCACCCCACCUAGGGGUCCGGACGCCGCUCAAGGGAUGGCACAACCACAUUUGGAACGUGCUCGGCGCCAGGACGCUCUCCAUGUCCGGCCGCCAGCUCUUCACCAUUGACGAUUUUCGCGGGACGGGCCGACCACUCCUUUCGGUCCUCGCCGAUCCGAGCUCCAUCUUCAUGUCUGGCCUGCGCAAGUUCAAGAGGCGCACGCUGUACAACAACGUUGUCAAUGAUAGAAGUGCCGUCUAUUACACGACUGGCAUCCACAAGACCGACCCGUUCACGAAUCCAGAGAACAUCAAGGUUAAAUAUGUAAAGGGCUAUGAGAAUGUCAUCCUAGACCCGGUUAAUCCAGUCACACCACACCUGAAGCCACGGGCACCGCUCUCAGUGUCCUCGAUCACUGAGUCGGGCAUGGUCUGGUUGCGGAGUGUACCAUUUCUGCUGGCAGUGGCCGUCGUCGUACCCAUUGGGGUGGUAGGCUACCUUCUGAACUCCGUGGUGCAAAAUGUACGCAGUGCUGGUCGCAUCAAGCAGCAUGAAUCGGGCGAGGGCGGCAUCAACGUGGAGGACUAUCGCUUCCCUCUCCUUAUCAAAGAGAUUCGGGAGGAGAUGGAGCAUGCUUUCGAGACGCUCAACAGCUCCCAAAAUCAAGAAUAUCUCGCCUCGGGUGACGAGGACAACGCGGGUAUGGCGGUGGAGCAGCGUACGAGGAUGGCACGGGAGCGCCGACUAUCCCUCCCAGCACAACCAACACUGGCCCUCACUCCAGCACAGUUCGAAAUGAUUGAUGGGCUGAAUUCACUGGGAUGGAGGAAGUAUGCUGUAUGGAUACACAAAGCUAGGCACAGUCACGCUGUGAUUAUUUUACGGAUGGAACGAAAGGGCUUUGAUGAAGGACGCAUUGUGCUCAAGCACUUUGUAGACGAGGAAUUUUUAAUGUGA